AAGAAGAGGAUUACAUAAGCAACCCUUAUUUGGUGUGGUUGGGGGUGUUGUCCUGACGUCAUUGGGCUAAAUCACUGAACUGGGCAUCGAUAUUUAUGUUCUAAUAGCUCUUUAUCAGCCGGCUAUGCCGGUAAGUUCGACAGUUCACUCGCGGCCGUUAUCUUCCAGCUCUGUUCUUUUGUUAUUUUAUUUCGGUCACGAUCAUGAGUCAACCAAAGAAACAGCACUCUGCCAUGGUACAUUUCGUCGCUGGUGGUUUAGGCGGUUCGUUCGGUGCCUUCGUAACAUGUCCUCUCGAGGUGAUUCAGACAAGACUUCAGUCUUCUGCGUUUCGUCUUCAACGAACAGCAAACCUACAUGUUAAUCGCAACAUUUCGUCCAGUGGCCCAGCCGCAAAUUUAAGUACAGCUAGUGUGGCUAACUCGAAGCUCAACGUUGCGGCGAAUCGUUUCAAGGGAGUAUUUUCUUAUGGAAGGUACAUGGUUCAACACGAAGGGUUCUUUUCCUUGUACAAAGGAUUAGGGCCCACAUUACUCGGUGUCACCCCAUCAAGAGCGAUUUACUUUGCCCUCUAUUCCACAACGAAGGACAUCCUAAACAAAUCUGGUACACUAGCUGCCGAUUCUUCGCUUGUGUAUAUGGCAUCCGCGGCCAUGGCUUCGUUUGUAAAUCACACGGUCACAAAUCCUUUGUGGUUCGUCAAAACGCGACUACAGUUGGACAACAGGGACGCACAGAGAGUUAGUACUUUCCAAAUAGUAAGAGAUGCUUACAAGAGCGAAGGAAUUAGAGCUUUUUACCGAGGACUUUCAGCUUCCUACGUAGGAAUCUCAGAGACGGUAGUGCAUUUUACGAUCUACGAGAAAGUGAAAGGGAGAUUGCUCAAGUUUCAACAUAAGACACAAAGAGACCUAAAUGUGAUCGAGUGCAUGCUAUCAGCCGGCGUUUCCAAAUCCAUUGCUGCAAGUCUUUGCUAUCCACAUGAAGUUGCACGAACUCGGCUACGUCAACAGGAAAGUGAUUUCCUCGGAAAACACAAAUACAAUUCAUUCCUUCAAACGCUGAAAACAGUUAUAAGAGAGGAAGGAUGGAGAGGUCUCUAUGGAGGUUUGGGAACCCACUUAAUUCGUCAAGUUCCGAACACAGCGAUAAUGUUUUUCACUUACGAAGGAGUCGUGUACUUUUUGGAGUAACAAGUGCAUAAUGCUUCGCUUUAAAUUCAUUAGUAGCUCUGUCAAAAAUAAUCUUAGUUUAAACCAAAUUGAUCCACCCAAUUACAGUUUGUGUAAGCUGAUGUAGUAUUUUUGAUAGUAGCACGUAGGUAGUUUAAAUAAUUUGUCUCACCACAGGUUAAAUUUCAAGCUCGAGGAAAUUUUUUAAGGAGUUGCGCAUUUUUUUUUUUCGGUUUUUUGGUUUUGAACGAUUGUGGCGAGUCUAUUUGUAAGGGAAAUGUUAAUGUGGGUAUCCUCUCUGGAAGAGCUUAUAUCCCAGCAAGAGAUUUUGCAGGCAAGGUAAUAAGUAUUUAAAUAAAUUGCAUUGUUCUCCUAGUUCACAAGUUGCUUAGGGUUGCAAGUGAAGUCUUUGAAUGAUAUUCAUUAAAAGUAAGCAUUUACUCAUUUGCUGCUUUAAAAUUACAUAGCUAAGUUCAACAAAUGCCAAGUAUAAGUAAUCAAAUAGAUGUAUUCUAAAUUUUAGUUCCUGUAAACAGACACUAAAAAAAAAAAAAGAUUGGUGUGAGUGUUCUGUCAGAAAGAGAAUGUGAAAUGAUUUUUUUUUCUCAGAAAAUGCAAAAGUUGCAUGAAUUAGCUUCUCGCUUGAUUACUACGUGAUCAUUUACAUUUUCUUAGAAAACCUAAUUUGUCUGAUUUUACACUUGACCUUUGCCAAGUGCAAUUAACUCACCUCAGAUGCAUACAAAUUGCCUUAAUGUAAAUAUUUGCUUAUUUUUUAUGUCCUGGUGCACAUGAAAUUAUGUUUUUCACAAACAUAAGGUCAAGUUAAUGAGGUUUUUGGAUGAAGUUGCAUUUCGAUGUUUUCCAAAUAAAUAUCAUUAAAGUAUUUUCUCAUACAUAAUACAUAGAAAUAUUUUGAAGACAGCGUGGGUCUGAGAAAUUGAAUAUUUGUCAAGAGAGGGGGGGGGGGUGGUGGAGAAGUUUUAAACUAUUAUUGGCAGAAGAAACUAUCAAACUAUUUAUACUAUUGUGGGUGAGAGUAGUGCUCUAAAGAGUUUUGCUCACUAAUUACAGCUAUGCAUUUAUCUUUCAUGAGAACUUUGUUAUUAAAGUGGAUAAAUACCUUUCA